CCUCCAGCCCCCGCCUCUUUUCUCAGGAAGCUUGGGUCUCCUGGGAGCGGGUCUGCCCUUGGGGGAGGCCUCUAAGCUCUUGUGCCCUACAGCUCGGGCUGGGCAUUUGGGGGGGGGGCGGGCAGAACAGGGGUUUGGCGCGCCCCCCGCAUGUACAUGUGCUAACCCAGGCAGGAGGGAGCGUCUCGGCGGAGGAGUCAAGGAGGAGGAAAAGAAGGAGGAAGAGGAGGAGGGAGAGGCGCACCAGUUAUCUCGGUCCCGGGGCGCCCUAGUCGGCCGGCCGCGGAGGAGCAGCAUCCUCCAACAGCUCUGAAUCCUCUCUUCUCCCCCAGGAAGUUGUGCGUCUGUGACAUGCUGCCUGCCCAGCUUGGUUCCUGAGGCUCCUGCACCCCAGCUCAACCAGGAAGCACAGGUGGGCACAUCUUCCCGAACCAGACCAACCAGGGCACACUCACCAAAGCCUGCAGAAUGGACUUCGUCAUGAAGCAAGCCCUCGGAGGGGCCACCAAGGACAUGGGGAAGAUGCUUGGGGGAGAGGAGGAGAAGGACCCGGAUGCACAGAAGAAGGAGGAAGAACGACAGGAGGCCCUAAGGCAGCAGGAGGAGGAGCGCAAGGCGAAGCACGCGCGCAUGGAGGCUGAGCGGGAGAAGGUCCGGCAGCAGAUCCGAGACAAGUAUGGACUGAAGAAGAAAGAAGAGAAGGAGGCGGAGGAGAAGGCAGCUCUUGAACAGCCCUGCGAGGGAAGCCUGACCCGACCCAAGAAGGCCAUUCCUGCAGGCUGUGGGGACGAGGAGGAAGAAGAAGAGGAGAGCAUCCUGGACACGGUGCUCAAAUACCUGCCGGGGCCUCUGCAGGACAUGUUCAAGAAGUAACCAGCCCCAGCCCCCAUGUUACAAUUUUUUUUUUCUUUUCUUUUCUUUUUUUUUUUUUUGUUUUUUGUUUUUUGUUUUUGGUGGUGGUGUCAUUCUUUUCUUCUUAUUCAGUUCAGUCUCAAUUCUGAAGGAGAAAACCUCAAUUGGCCUCUGCCCCUCUUCCCUAGCCUCCCUUCUGCCCUCUUUCAUCCCAAGUAUCCAGUCCUGCCCCAUUCCCAAGUAGCUCGAAAAAGGGAAGAUAGCUUUAUUCCAGGGAGGGCAUUGAACCCAGGGCCAAAGGUACUGGGUGCCCCUGCAGAAGCCCGAGUUCCAGGUUAGUGUGGUAACCCCCAUACAUUCCUCCAUGCUCCCACUGCCAGGAGGACCACUGUCCCCAGCCAGCCAAAGUAACCAUACAUUCCAGCCUUGCCCAGUAUGCUGACCUGUGGCCUCUGAACCCCCUGCGGGGACACCAGGCAGGGCAGAGGCGUUGAGUGGCCCAGGCUCUGAGGAACAGAGUCAAGGUAAGCCUGUCCCAUGAGGUCCUAGCCUGAGGGCCUCUAGUUCCAGCCACGCUUAGUCUGGGCAAGAGGCUGGGGGUUCUCCUCUUCCCUCUUCCUGGAGACAACCUGCCCAGGAGCACACCCUUCCCUAAACCCCACCCAGAGAAACAUGGUCCCUGCCAAGCAGGUUUCUCCAAAUGGAUCCUCUUUGGACUUUAGCCCAUCUGUGGAGGAGCCCAAGGCAGGGCAAUCCUUUUUUCUCCCUUGCCUGACUUUGGUCCUGGGACCCCACUGCCAGGCUAGGCCCCCAGAUUGCCCAGCCAAGGGGCUGCCCAGACCCUUCCCCCCGCCCCAGAAAACACUUGGAGCCAUUGGGUAGUAAUGGUCUGUGCCAUGGGAUUCCCCCUAUUGGUGCAGCCGAACUGCCCCCAUUCCUAUCCGUCCUUCCUCCCUACCCUACCCUGUCCUGUCCAUGUGCUUCCAAGGCCCCGUGGUCCCCAGGAGGACCCUUCUUGGCCAAAUCCCCAAACUAAUGGGGGGGAAGCUAAUUCCCACUCGACAGAAAGCAUCUGUCCAUCCAUCCCACUGGCCAAGAACAAACUCUCCAUGUGACAUAUGGGACUGGCAUUCGUCCCUAUAGACACCCAGAUUGUCACGAUUUCUUGUUCUGUCGGUUGUGACAUAAUGGGUUGGGGCAGAGGAGGAAGAGCAAAUGGGAGAAAGAAGUGCGAGUCCACACGUACUUGAUAGUCAGUGGCAGAAUGCAUCAUGACUCGUAUGUCCAGGGAUUUUAAGCAUGUGCGUAUGGUGAGACUGUCAUGUCUUGAGAUGAUGUGUGUAUCAUCUAAUCUCUGCAUUAGAGAUUGUAAAUAUGAGUUGCCAUCUGUGUGUGUGAGUGUGUAUGUGUGUGUGUGUACGCACGUGCACUUGUUGUUGUGGGGUAUCUGAGUUGCAGUUAUGUCCUAAGUGUGUACUGGCCACUUCGUGUGUUUCAAGAUUGCAUGUGUUAACCUAAAUAUGCAUGUGUUUUCAAAAUGGCAUGUAUGUCAGUAGUGACAGUUUCAUGUUAGAUGUUGAACUGUGUGUGCUAAGACUGGCAUUUACAUGUAUGAGUCAAAACAGGCAGGUAUGUGUACAGAUGUGUGCUUGGAGAAAAAGAACAAGGGUAAGAUGCCCCUUCCCAGCCCUGAGACCAUUGGUCACAUCUGGCUCCAUCUAAUAGGAGACCUUGUCCUUGGCCUAAAGUUCUCCCACCCUUGGGGGUUUCCUACCUGAGGUCCUCAGCUUUCCACUGGGAUAGACCCAGGCAGUGCCCCAGGAAGCCAUGCUGGCCCCCCACUAGGGCCUAUUCCAAAAGCAGGGGCCAGGGAGGGGGCGACUUGCCUGCCUCUGAAGCCCCUGUCCCACUGGCCCCAAUUUGCAUUCUGCAGGUUUUCCAUUUUAGUGGAUUUAUGCUUUUAUUUCAGAGAGACGUGUGUCUUCUCUGUCCGUUUCUAAUAGUUAAAGCCAUAUCAGUUAGACUGCAAUACUUUCAAGAUGAGACAAAACAAUCCAUAUGUUUCGGGAACUAGAAAAGUCCCCUGGUGUGUCCCUUCUCUGAGGAGCAGAGCCUUGGCAGCUCCAGCUCCCUGGACUUCCCCCUCCCAGUCCCCAUCUCUCCCUUUGUGCCCCUGUGUUGCUGCCCCCCAGGGGGCCAGUGUCUGUGUCUGUCUGUGAUGGGGAGCAACCUGCACCUCUAUUGUCUGCUUGUCUAUGUCUUUAAUCCUGGGCAGGAUGGUCAUUCUCCAGAGCCCUGGGGUCCUGGAUCAAGGACAAGCAAGGACUAGUCCAGGGGCCCCAGACCUCCGUAGAUCCUGAGUAUAAAUCCCACUUGGACACAGGAGUGAAUACCAGUGUUGAGAGAAGACUUGUCCUUAACAGGGAUUCUUAGAUCCCAAAAGUGAUGCCAGGACACAGAGUGCCAGGUGGGCAGUAGAGAUGAAGGCCCAGGGAGCUACAGAUGAGCAAGGUAACCUAGCCAUACAAGACUUACCAGGUGAUCUCGGGAUCCUAGACCCUUCCGAUGGUGUUCUUAGUGCUCUCCAGGGCCCCCUCUGGAGCCCCAGCAUGGCCUAAGGGCUUUUCAGCUCCUCCCAGUGCCCUCCAGGCUGGGCUGGCUUAGUCUGGGCGCACCUCCCAGUCCCCUCUCUUCUGCUCCCAGGCAGCAGGACUUGAGGUCUCUCUGGAAACGGGGGCAAGACGGAGAAUUUCCACCUGGCACAUACCUGGCUCCGCCGGGUACAAAGUUCGGCAGGGGGGAGGGGGCAAUGAAUGCAAGUUCUGAUACAGACCUGACUAUGGGGAGAAACCAGUGAGGUGACCCUAAAAGAAUGUGUAUGUGCAGCACAAUCAUGGGGGUGGGGAAGGGCAAAACACAAGUGGGACUCUCUAACAGAGGAAGGGAUGGUCACGUGGUAUCUGUGUGGCAGAAGGGGUGUGGGGCCCACGCUGGAUGAAAGGAUGUCACACUUGCCACCCAGAAACAGGACAAUGUUCUAUAACAAAUUAAGGAAAGGAAAGACACUAGAAUUUAUUCAUAUCUUCCCCCUCUCUCACACACACACAGUGGGGUGGGGGGAGGGGGGAAUAAUUGGUAGGUGGCUAAAGAAGAGAGAAGGUAUAAGGGAGCAUGUGCCACCUUCCCGGGCAUGUGUGUUUUUGGGGAAUGUCACCAGACCCUGACACCUGAGAUUCACCACCAGGGUGAGUACAAGGGCCUUCUCUGGUCUCCUUACACUCGGUCCUGACAAUUUCCAAAGGGAAAUCCACUCCAGGUCCGAAGCACUGGAAGGUGUCUCCACAGCCCCAGAGGUUCAUAUCAUGUACCUUCAGCGGAAGUGAAAGGUCUAGAGACCACCCAGGAGCACAAGAGAAAGAGAAAGUGCGAGAGUGAGAAAGAAACAGAAAUUGUGCAGCCCAGGGCCCCUCAGAAGUAGACCGGGGAUGGGCAAUCCAGCCACCCCCAAAGGCUUGUGGAUGGAGUAAAAUAAAGGGCUUCCCAGCCCUAGGAGGGCCUAGCACCCACCUGGAAAUAUUGCCUACUCACAGCCCCCUGGUCCUGGCAUACUAGGGUUCCAUGGUCUCUGACUGCACAGGGAGACUGGGGAGCAGAUUGGCCCCCAUAGUGGAUGUCUCCCAGAGGGGAUGCCUCCCAGGUCUGAGGAUAUGCUCCUCAAAAAAUUCCCUGCUCCAGUCCUUACUCUGGUUGUCCUGCUCUUUUCACUGGGGAAAGAAUGAGGGUGUUCCUGCUGAUCCUGGGGUGGGGUUGGGGACUCCUGAGGCCCAGGUAGGAUGGACCAUCCUGCUCAUGUUGGGAAACACCUUGCCCACAUUUGUGCUGUGUUCUUGUUGCUCUGCUCCCUUGAAAUGUGUCAGUAUCUGGGGGGGGGAGGGGAGGGUACUCCCCCACACUCCCUUGAACCUGACCAAAAGCCAUGGCCAUUUCUCCCCCCCUUUGUAUGAUGCAAAUGCUAACAUGUACAAAACCAACCAUGACAACAAAAGAAAGAACCUUCUACAGCA